AUGAGGUCGGAAACUCUCAAGUACGGUUCUAAGGGAAGGGAUUUACCCCCCUAUUCCGACCGGGGAGAACAGGCCGUUCAACAAGGGUAUUCCGAAAUUGCGGAGGCUUGGUUCGAUCAAGCCGCCGAGUAUUGGAAACAAGCUAUAGCGCUUACUCCUGGUAAUUAUAUUGAAGCACAGAAUUGGUUGAAGAUUACGAGGCGUUUCGAAUAA